AUGAAUAACAAUAAAAAUAAUAAUAAUAAUAAUAAUAAUAAUAAUAAUAAUAAUAAUAAUAAUAAUAAUAAUAAUAAUAAUAAUAAUAAUAAUAAAAAAUUAAAAAAUGUUAAUACAAUUAAAUUAAAUAGUUUAGUUUUUAUUGAUGUACUUCCAUAUUUAUUAUAUAAUAGACCAUUUAAAAUAAUAUUAGAGAUUAGUUUAAUAAAUAAAUCAAUAUUUAAAUAUGUUCAACAAAUAAUAACUUACCAACAACAAUUAAUAAAAUUCUUUCCCAACAUCAAUAGUUUCAUUUCUUUCAUUCAUAAUGAUCAAAAUACCAAAAAUGAAAUUGUAGAACCAGUUUUAAAAAAAAGAAAUAUUCAAACACUUUCAUUUCUACAAAAUAAAAACCAUCAUAAUAGUAUUACAAAAAAUCAUCAACAUGAAGGCGAAUAUAACUAUAAAUUAAUUCAAUACAAAGAAAUCGAAAAUUUAUAUUGCACAUUUAACCGUGAAUUUAAUAGUAUUAAUCUUAAUCAAUUCGAUAUUUUAAAGAAUCAUUUAAUAAUAUUAAUUAAUGAUAAUGAUAAUAAUAAUAAUAAUAAUAAUAAUAAUAAUAAUAAUAAUAAUAAUAAUAAUAAUAAUAAUAAUAAAAAAUUAAAAAAUGUUAUAAUCACUAAUAGAGUUUUGGCAGAUACAUAUAGUAAGAAUCCAACAUGUGAUGGUUUUUUUAAAUUUAACAAAAUUAAAUUAUUUUGGGAUCAAGAAAUAUAUCCAUGCUCAUCAACUCAUGAAUAUUAUGAUUAUGGUUUCAGAGAUAAUUAUUUACUUUUUGAAUAUUCAUUUGAAUUUUUAAAUAGAUAUAAACCAAAGAGUAUUUAUAUAACAACAAAAAUUGGUCCUGUUCCAUUACAUAUUCAAAAUUUAAAUCAAAUAUUAAAUUGUGAAACAAUAGAGGAAAUUAAAUUUGGUUAUCAUCAAACUCCAUCUUUAUUUUUUAAAAAUGCAAUAAAAAAAACAAAUGAAACAUCAACAAAUUUAAAAUCACUUUAUUUAAGAUUACCAAAUUUUAAAGAUGAAAUUGAAUAUGAUAAUUAUGAUGGUAUUGAUUUUAUUAAAAAACUAUUAAAUUGUAAUGAAUCAAAUGACGAUAAUAAUUUAUUAAUGGAAUUAGUAAAAGAGAAAAAGGAAGAAUUAGUUAGUAAUCUUUUAAAAGAAUGUAAUUUAUCAAAAAAUAAAAUAUUAAAAGAAUUAUUAAUUUUUUGUCCAAUCCGAGAUGAUUUUAUUUUAGAUGACUCAUCAAAUUUAUUAGAAUCAUUAAUUGGAAAUGAAACAUUAACGACAUUGGGUUUAUCUGGCUUUAAAUUUAGAAAAUUUGAUGAAAUUCAAACCAAGUAUAUUAAAAUACCAACUAUUGAAAUCGAGGAAUCAUCAUCAUCUAAAACAUUAUCACCAUUAAUAAAGAUACCAACAAUCUCAUCAUUAUAUUGUGAAAUUUAUUCAUUGUUACCAUUUCUUCAACAUUGUAAUGAAAAUUCAAAUAUUAAACGUUUAAUAGUAGUAGCCGAUGAUCCCCCACUUUUUUAUACAAAUAAAUUUUCAAGUAUUAUUUUUAAUGGUCAAGAAAUUCAAUUCAUUUCAAACUUUUUAAAACAAAAUAAAUCAUUAAAAUAUCUGGAAAUUAAAUUAGAAAUUCAUAAUGUAAAAAAAAAAUGGGAUAUUUUAAAUGAUUUUGAAGAAAUCUUGGGUUUCCUUUCAAAACUUCGACUUUUGGAAUAA